AUGAAGCCCAACCUGGCAGGCUCCUCCCCAGAGGCCUGCAAAGCUGCAGGGCAGGCCCCAGUGCCAGUACUACAGCAGAAGACUCAGGCCACACCUGUGCAGGCCUCUAAGCAGAAGGUUCUGGUGACUGGAGGAGGAGGCUACCUGGGCUUUAGCCUGGGUUCCAGCCUGGCCAAGAGCGGCACUUCUGUCAUCCUGCUUGACCUCCGCAGACCCCAGUGGGUGCUGUGCCCGGGGACCGAGUUCAUCCAGGCUGAUGUCCGCGAUGCGGAAGCCCUGCACCGCGCCUUCGAAGGGGUGGACUGUGUCUUCCACAUGGCCUCCUGUGGAAUGUCUGGUGCUGAGCAGCUGCAAAAAGAGCAGAUUGAGUCUAUAAAUGUUGGAGGCACCAAACUAGUGAUCGAUGUUUGUGUCCACCGGCGGGUUCCAAGGCUUGUCUACACCAGCACCGUCAAUGUCGCAUUCGGCGGGAAGCCCAUAGAACAGGGCGAUGAGGACUCUGUGCCAUAUUUCCCACUGGAGAAGCACGUGGACCACUACUCCCGAACCAAAGCCAUUGCCGACCAGUUGAUCCUCAUGGCCAACGGGACGCCUCUCCCAGGAGGAGGCGCUCUGCGGACAUGUGUGCUCCGGCCCCCAGGGAUCUACGGCCCCGAAGAGCAGAGGCACCUGCCCCGCGUGGCGAGCCACAUCAAGAAGAGACUGUUCAUGUUCCGAUUUGGGGACCACAGGACGAGGAUGAACUGGGUCCACGUGUGCAAUCUGGUGCAGGCACACGUGCUAGCAGCCGAGGCCCUCACCGCCGCCAAGGGCUACGUGGCCAGUGGGCAGGCGUACUACAUCAAUGAUGGGGAGAGCGUCAACCUCUUCGAGUGGAUGGCCCCACUGUUUGAGAAGCUGGGGUACAGCAAGCCCUGGAUCCAGGUUCCUACUUCCUGGGUUUACCUGUCAGCCACGGUGAUGGAGUAUUUGCACCUGGCCCUGAAGCCCAUCUGCAGCCUCCCGCCGCUGCUCACCCGGAGUGAGGUGCGCAGCGUGGCCGUGACGCACACCUUCCAGAUCGCUAAGGCCCGGGCUCAGCUUGGCUACGUGCCCGACAAGUUCAGCUUCGCGGACGCCGUGGAGCGAUACGUGCAGUCGACGGGCCGGGGAACCCGCGGCUCCACAGCGCGGACGCUCCUGCGGCUGCUGCUCGGGCUGCUGCUGCUCCUUGGCCUGCUCGUGCUGGCCCUGCACUUCCUAGGCCCGCGGCCGUUCGUCGUCUGA